UUGUGCGAGUUAGAAACCGAAAGUAAGUGCUUGGAUAAGCUUUCGCUUUCUGUUAUUAGUGUGCAUAUCAGUUCUGCACGUUUCUCUUGAUUUCUUUGCCUUUUUUGUUUUGUUUUGUUUGUUUGCUUAUUUUUAAGUCCGUCAGCUACAUUGUCACUACGUAGGAGUGCGGUGCUGGUAGCACGUCACUUUGUUAUUUAAACUGUCCUGGACCGAGAAAUAACGAGAAGAGUGAUGAAGAACGAGGAAGGGCCGAAGUCUCACUUGAAAGAGUGGCUCAUCGCUCAGGUAGACAGCGGAGCGUACGAGGGUCUUUGUUGGGAGGACAAAGAAAAAACCAUGUUCAGGAUUCCCUGGAAACACGCAGCCAAAAAGGACUACAAGGAGACGGAUGAUGCUGCUUUGUUCAAGGCCUGGACUUUGCACAAGGGCAAAUACAGGGCAGGGCAGGAAAAGGACAACCCCACUGUGUGGAAGACCCGCCUGCGAUGCGCACUAAACAAGAGCACGGACUUUCAAGUUGUCCAUGAACGCUGCCAGCUGGAUAUCUCUGAGCCUUACAAAGUUUAUCGAAUCCGGCAAGAUAGCGCAGUGGCCCCCUUAGUUGAGCGUACACCGAGAAAGGGCCACAUGAUCAUCCAAGUUAAGACAUCACCAAAGAGCCCUGGUUUCCAAGACAAACAGGAACCAGCUUGUGAAGAAGAACAAAAAGAAGAAGAAGAAGAAGAAGAAGAAAUAAAACAACCCCAGUUGACAGAGGAAAGAAGUGACUCUCCGCACCGUUCUUUAUUGACCUUCUGCAGCUCUGUACACAUAUCAGAUUUCCGAAUGAAGGUUACUUUAUUGUACUGUGGCCAAAGCGUGGUGAACUGCACCACUAAGAGUCCAGACGGGUGCUUCAUCCUCCAGGGUCGUGUCUCUAUAGGAAGUGAGCGUAUAUACGGGCGCUGCACUACACAACAGAUCUCUUUCCCACCCCCAAAUAGUCUACACAUGCCAUCAAGCAUGGUGGAAGCUAUAAACCAACUUCUCUGCCAUCUGGAAAGGGGUGUACUCUUAUGGGUUGCCCCUGAUGGGGUGUACAUCAAGCGGUUCUGCCAGGGCAGAGUGUAUUGGAAUGGCCCCUUGGCCCCACACACUGACAGUCCUAACAAAUUGGAGCGGGAGAAGACCUUCAAAUUGCUCGAUACAUCAACAUUUCUUAAGGAUCUUCAGAGCUGUAUACAAGAAAAGGGAACCCCACCCAGUUAUAAGAUUGAUCUCUGUUUUGGAGAGGAGUACCCAGACCCAACCACCCCUAAAACCAAGAAGCUUGUCAUGGUACAGGUGGUGCCGGUGUUUGCAGUGGAUCUGCUGCAGAAAUUCAAUUUAGUGAGGAUGAAAGAAAAUACUGACAGUCCUGUCGCAGCUCAAGGUACAGAAAGUCAGAUAGUCAAUUAUCCUGCUGGAAGCAAACAUCACCCAGAGAAAUCUUUAAUUUCUUAAUUCACUGUCAUGCAAGACAUCGUCACAGCAGUUUUGCAAAAGGGAACUCAUGUUUUUCAAAGUUUUUUUUUUUUUCAAUUUGAUACUAAAUCUGGGUCCUAUUUUUCUGGACAAUAGUCAAACAUUUGGAGAUUUAACCAAAAUUUUUUAAUACGGUAUGUUGUGUGUCUUUUUUAAGCUUUUUUGUGAUGCGUAACCCAAAAGCAACCACAGAAGGGAAACUGAUGACAAACAGAACCGGAAAUCAGAAACUCUCUCAUUUCAAAAUCAAAAUGUGUAUGUUGAGCAGCCAGAUGAAUUAUGUGUUAAAGUGAAGUGACUCACCUUCAAGAUGAAAUCAUCCACUGCACUUUCAUAACUAUGUCAGAAAGAAAGUGGUGUAUGAAUUCUAUUUUUCAUUCUUAUGAAAAGAGCAAAAUUAAAUCCCCAAACUGCUUGACUGCGAGUGACUGCGACAACAUUGUUGAAGCUUGGCAAAGGUUAUUGAACAUCCUUUGUUUUGCAUAACUGCUUUGCUCAAAUGAUUAGAAUAAAUUACAAGUGUGGAUGAAUUCUAUGAAGCUUUUUUUUCUCCAUUUAUUUCUAACGAACAUCAUAUAACAGAGUCACAAUUUUAAAAAAUAUACAUUUUUUUAGCUAUGACAUUUAUAAGGAAUAAUUAACAGGGAUGGUUUUGUCACAAAAACUGAAGUGAAAGACUGUGCUGAAUCAGAAGAGAUACCCGUAUCAAGAGUUUAAAAUACUUUCAUAAUUUUCCCUGCU